CGCCACGAGGAGGCGCUGUGACGUAUCUGUGCAGCACUAAGCGGAGGUCACGCAUGCGCACAAGCUUCUGUUUCUGGGCAUUUCGACAGAGUGCGAGAGAGCUGUUGUGUUUUAUUCCUUAGCCUUAUCUUUAAAGCCCUUCAUAUAGAGCUACGGUGGCUUUAUAAUGGAUUUGGAAGGUGGCACGUAUGAACCUGGUUUCGUGGGCAUCCGGUUCUGUCAGGAGUGUAAUAACAUGUUGUAUCCUAAAGAGGAUAAAGAAAACCGCAUCCUGCUCUAUGCUUGCAGAAACUGCGAUUAUCAGCAAGAAGCCGACAACAGCUGCAUCUAUGUGAACAAAAUCACCCACGAGGUUGAUGAACUCACUCAGAUUAUUGCAGACGUGGCUCAAGAUCCAACUCUGCCUCGGACAGAGGACCACCCUUGCCCAAAGUGGUUGUUCUUCCAGUCUCACAGCAUGAAGGCUGAGGAUGCCAUGAGGCUUUACUAUGUAUGUACUGCCCCACACUGCGGCCACAGAUGGACAGAAUGAGGAGGAUAAAGCCACGAAUGACAUAAGAUGAGGUGUUUUAGGGUCAUGCGUCACUGUAUUUGGAUUA